UAGUUGAGUUGAGAGGCAUAGUAGUUAUGAGCACUUUUUGUAGGAAUUGUUGAUGAGUAAAAUAGUAGGUCUAUAUUGUGUUAAUAUACCUGUAAUGUAAUUAGUACCUGUUACAGUGGGAAAACUCUUGUUAAUAUUGGGAUGUAUCCGUUGACACUAGUAGAUGAAUGAAUACAUUGACAUAAUGUGGUGUAAAAUGCGGGUUGGUACAUUAGAUUUUUCUAACAGUUAUGCUGUUUUAGAGAAAUUUUUUUUAGGAUAAUUAGAGAGGGGAUUUAAGAGGAAGAAAAGAGAAGUUUUUUUCCCCUGAAUCAAAUUUUCAUUUAUCUACUUCUUGAUAUUUAUUUGCAAAACAUUAGCAUAUUGCUUUGACCAUUGACAAGCUGAUGAGUAGGGGAAGAGUGAUAGUGAAUGCUUGUUAAUUAUGUAAAAGAGCGGCUGAGACCUUUUUGUACGUAUCUUUUUGUGCAUAUCUUUUGUAAAAGAGUGAUAGUGAAUGGCAUUUAUAUAUGCCAUUGACAAGCUGAUGAGUUGUAAAUAUCUUUUGUACAUAGAUUGUAUCCCCUUGGUGCUAUUGCAUUAAUAUAUUGCUUAUACUUUUUUAUCUCAAAAAAAAUUAGCAUAUUGGUUUGAUAUUUAAGGUGGAUUAAUCAUUAAUUGGUGGCAUUCUAGGUGAUUGGUCUCUAACUGCCUGAUAGUGGAGUUCCUUUUUAAUUAGCCAUCCAUUUUAUUGUUUUAGCAUUAAAUCGUGUGCUUUAUGUAGACUAAAAUAAAGUUAUACACUACCAAACUUUGUCAGUUUAUCAAUAUACGAACUUUGAAAUUACUUUCUAUUUAUUGUAGUUGGUUUCAGUUUUAAGCUUCUUUUGCAAAUCAUCUUAUACUUAUUUCGUCUGAUUGAAGCAGAUAAUGGCUUCAAAACAGCCAAAUACCGGGCUCUUUGUGGGAUUAAACAAAGGCCACAUUGUAACCAAGAAGGAAUUGGCUCCUCGACCCUCUCUUAGAAAAGGAAAAACCAGCAAAAGGGUUCACUUUGUGAGGAGUUUGAUCCGUGAAGUUGCUGGUUUUGCACCAUAUGAGAAGAGAAUCACUGAGCUACUGAAAGUUGGUAAGGACAAGCGAGCAUUGAAAGUAGCCAAAAGAAAGCUUGGCACUCACAAGAGGGCAAAGAAGAAGCGUGAGGAGAUGUCCAAUGUGCUCCGCAAGA